AUGCUGAGUCUGCUGGUGCUGGCACUGCCCCUCCUGCUGCUAAGCCCAGGCCACGCAGCACCUGCUCCGAGCCAGGACCUGGAGAGAGUGGGCAUCGUGGGGGGGCAGGAGGCCCCUGGAAGCAAGUGGCCCUGGCAGGUGAGCCUAGACGCAAAGAGGAAUUCUGGAUGCACUUGCGCGGGGGCUCCCUCAUCCACACCCAGUGGGUGCUGA